UAUUAAUCGAGCGGUUACUCGGCAAUCGACGAAGGAAAAAACCUUUCACUUGGAUCAUCUUCCUACGCGAUAGGGAAACUUUACGUCACAAAUUCACUUACGAAUGAUAGUGUAAUGUUGUGACGAGGUUAUAAACUUGAUAUUUAGAAUAUGUGACUGCGUGAAACAACGGGUAUUAUAUCCUCGUGAUACUUGAUGAAAUCAAAAUAUCAGCGUCGCGCAAUUCGUCGUACAGAGCAUUGUGCGUGAUUUUGUCAAAUUCCAGAAUCCAUCCUUGAAACGCGGUGCCUCGCUUUACUGCACUAUUUUUAUCUGCCUCUGAGCUUUUUUAUUCACGCGUAUUUCUCCUGUUGCGUAUUUUCGCCGAAUAUUUUAGCUAUCUUUGUAGCAGUUACGUAAUUUCCAACGUGAAUAAUCCCGGUACAAUGACCGAGAACGAAGUGAAUGAAGCUCGACUGCUUCAUGCAUAUACUAGACGCUGAUAUAUCGGAAUUUUAUCAGAGCAUGACAAUGUGGUAUAGAGAGGUAAUGAAUGCUAAUAACAACAAUGGAAAUAUCCGCUAUAGAUUGUGGUAAGGAACAGCAUUAUCAACCAAGAGACAUGUCGGAUUCAUCCCAAUACCUUUACGGCCAUCCGCCUCCUGAUAUUAUGCCGAAAGGACUUCCGAACAAUGGCAUAGGAGGAAGAUUACGCCAACUAGAAGGUCUAUUUAUCGGUGGUCCUGUCCAAGGUGGACGAGUAGGCCAUACUAUUUCGAUCGAAACACUUAUCGAUGUUUUGCUCGUGUUGUAUGACGAAUGCUGCAAUUCUUCAUUACGUCGUGAAAAAACUGUUUCUGAUUUUAUUGAGUUUGUAAAACCAAUAGCUUCAUGCAUAAAGAGAUUGCAAUUGACACGAGAAGACUUUGAAAUCGUUAAGGUUAUCGGUAGAGGUGCUUUCGGAGAAGUAUGCGUCGUAAGAAUGCGAGGCUCCGACAAAGUGUUUGCAAUGAAGAUUUUGAACAAAUGGGAAAUGUUGAAGCGUGCUGAAACCGCGUGCUUUAGAGAAGAGAGGGAUGUACUAGUAUAUGGUGAUCGCAGAUGGAUUACAAACCUACAUUAUGCCUUUCAAGAUGACAAUAACUUGUAUUUGGUCAUGGACUACUAUUGUGGUGGAGACCUGUUGACGUUAUUGAGCAAGUUUGAGGAUCGUCUCCCUGAGGAUAUGGCUCGAUUCUACAUAGCAGAAAUGGUGCUAGCUAUAGGUUCUAUACAUGACUUGCGCUAUGUACAUCGUGACAUUAAACCCGAUAAUGUUUUACUGGAUGCGAAUGGUCAUAUCAGAUUAGCUGACUUUGGCUCCUGUUUACGAUUAUUCGAAGAUGGGACGGUACAAAGCAACGUCGCUGUUGGUACACCGGACUAUAUUUCACCCGAAAUAUUGAGAGCGAUGGAGGAUGGUCAAGGACAGUAUGGUCCUGAAUGCGAUUGGUGGUCUCUUGGAGUAUGCAUGUACGAAAUGCUCUACGGUGAAACUCCUUUUUAUGCAGAAUCUCUAGUCGAAACUUAUGGAAAGAUAAUGAAUCACAAGAAUUGUUUUGACUUUCCUACGGACGUUAUGUACGAUGUUUCUGAAGAAGCCAAAGAUCUGAUGCGGAAGUUAAUUUGCAGCUCUGAAUUUAGAUUAGGCCAAAAUGGAAUUGAUGACUUUAAGAAGCAUCCUUGGUUCGACGGAGUCGAUUGGGAUACACUCAGAGAUAGCACUGCGCCGUACAUUCCUGAAGUUUCAUCGCCCAGUGACACGUCAAACUUUGACGUUGAUGAUACGGAUGUUCGCACUUCCGAUGCUGUACCGCCAGCAGCAAAUUCUGCCUUCUCCGCGCUUCAUCUACCAUUUGUCGGUUUCAGUUUUACACAAGGAAGUUGCAUAUCGGAUCUGGGUUUUAUAACCCAGACAGAUAAACGUGUGCAAUUACUGGAGGAAGAAAAUGCACGACUGAUGCAAACUAUCGACGACAUGAAAAAUCAUAAGGGUAUAAGUCAUUCUUCACCCGGUAUCUCACCAGAUUCUAAUAAUGCAACUAGAAAGCUCCAGGAUGAAAUAAAUACACUCACAAAACGCAAUUGUGAGUUGGAGUCACAGUUGAAAUCUAUGGAUGUUCCACGAGAAUUGCGAACUUUGGAUAACGGAGACAUGACGAAAUUCCGGGAAUUGGAAAAAUUAGUUCGUUGUUUACGCUUGGAGAAGGAAGAAGCUGUUAAAGACAAAUUAGAUGCACAGGAAAAACUGAAGCUUCAAGACAAGGAAUUAAAAGAUGCGCUCACGCAACGUAAACUCGCUAUGACGGAAUAUACAGAAGUGUCGGAUAAGUUAUCCGAGCUGAGACAACAAAAGCAAAAAUUAUCGAGGCAAGUCCGAGACAAAGAAGAAGAAUUGGAAGUUGCAAUGCAGAAAGUCGAUACUUUACGCCACGAUAUUAGAAAAGCCGAGAAGCUGCGUAGAGAGCUGGAGAAUAGGAUUGAUGAAGCGAUGGCGGAAACCAGCAAAGAAAGGAAAUUACGGGAGCGCAGCGAGGAAUAUUGCAAGCAAAUGCAGGAGGAAACGGAGAAAAUCAGACAACGUUCUCUUGGAAACGACGCUAGUGCGAAUCACGCCUUAGCGACUCAGGAGAUUAAUAGGUUAAAAGCGGAAGUUGAAAAACUUGAGGUUCAAUAUAACGAAAACUUAAAUCAACAACAAGGCAGAUUUAAUCUUGAGAUUCGGAGUCUGCAAGAACAAUUACACGAAGCGGACACUAGACGAGAAUUAUUAGAGAGAGAAGUGCAACUCACAAAGGAGAAGUUGGAUGCUGCGAGAUUAGAAAAUAUCACCGAUAGCGAAGAAACUAUAAACGAAUUAAACAGACGUCACGAGAGAGAAAAGAUAAUGCUGGUUGAGGAGAACAAGAAGCUUGUAUUAGAGCUCGGUGCCCUUACUGACAGCGUUAAUAGAUUACAAGGUGAAAGAAGACAACUGGAAGACGAAUACGAAGAGUUGAGGAAUAAGAAGGAAGCCAUCGCGCAAUGGGAAGCACAGAUUACUGAAAUUAUUCAAUGGGUAUCGGAUGAGAAGGAUGCUCGUGGAUACUUGCAGGCCUUGGCUACAAAAAUGACGGAAGAAUUGGAAUUCCUAAAACACUCUGGCGGAGUGAGCGGCGUUGGAAGUGGCACCACUAUGGCGGAUAAAAACUGGCGAAAUCGUCGAUCGCAAAAACUCGAUAAAAUGGAGCUUCUGAAUUUACAGAGCUCUUUGCAGAAUGAGAUACAAGCGAAGCAAGCGAUCUCGGAAGAACUCACCAAGACUCGUUCAGAUUUGAUAGCUGCACAAAAGGAAUUGAGGGACCUUAAGCAGCGAUUAGACACCAUGUCGCAUGAAUUGAAGCGGAAAGAUAUACAAGUAAAAGAACUACAAGCGCGUCUUGACACCGGGGAUGGCUUUCUAGAACGUCCUACAUCACAGAUGUCAUAUCUCGAGCACUUUCUUAAAGAAACAACAAGUAGUACGCGUCAUGGAAGUGUCGACAGCGUAGAAGGUGAUAUCGAGGACAAUCGUGCACCUAGUAUUACGAGCAGCAAAAGUAAUUUGUCUGAACUUAGUAUCGAUCCAACAUCGCCGUUAUCCCAUGAACUUUUGAACAAGUCCGCAUCUACUCACGGACAAACCAAUUUGCAACCAAAGCCUAAAUCACAUCAAUUUCUCGUGCGGACAUUUUCAGCGCCUACAAAGUGUAAUCACUGCACGUCUUUAAUGGUUGGAUUAACGAGGCAAGGAGUUGUAUGCGAAGUGUGCGGCUUCGCAUGUCAUAUGCCUUGUUGCGAUAAAGUACCUUCAAUGUGUCCUGUACCCCAUGAUCAAACUAAACGGCCGUUGGGGAUCGAUCCUACACGUGGUAUAGGUACUGCAUACGAAGGAUAUGUCAAAGUGCCAAAAAUGGGUGGUGUUAAAAAAGGCUGGGUGCGUCAAUUCGUCGUAGUUUGCGACUUUAAAUUGUUUCUCUAUGAUAUUUCGCCGGAUCGCAAUGCUUUGCCAUCUGUGUAUGUUUCGCAAGUUCUGGAUAUGCGAGACGAAGAAUUCAGCGUCAGCUCCGUUCGCGAUUCUGAUGUAAUACACGCUACGAAGAAGGACAUUCCGUGUAUAUUUAGGAUAACGACGUCGCUAUUGGAGCCUCCUGGAUUGAGAAAUCAUACAUUAAUGUUGGCAGAUACGGAAAGCGAGAAGACAAAAUGGGUGGUAGCUUUAAGCGAACUUCAUAGAAUUUUAAAGAGGAACAAUCUUCCAAACACAACGAUUUUUCGAGCGAAAGAACUAUUGGAUAAUACCUUAGCAUUCAUUAAAAAUGUGAUGUCAGGAGCGAUUAUUGAUCCGGAUCGUCUAGUCAUUGGUACAGAAGAAGGUCUCUUCUGUUUAGAUUUAGAUCGUAGCGAAAUUGCAAGAGUCGGGGAAGGGAAAAAGAUAUAUCUUCUCGAAUAUGUUACGGAGGAACAAUUGAUUGUGGUAUUAAGCGGAAAACAACGUCAUGUACGGCUGGUUCCAGUACGUGCGUUGGAUGGAGACGAAGUCGAAUGGAUUAAAGUCGCGGAAACUAAAGGAUGUAUUACAUUAACAACAGGAGUGAUGCGUCGCAAUCCGCUUAAUUAUUGCUUAUGCGUUGCAAUAAAGAAGCAAAAUGCUUCGCAAAUCAUCAUCUAUGAAAUAACGCGUACGAAAACAAGGCAUAAACGUAUACGCGAGUUAAUGUUACCGUGUCACGCACAAACCUUGCAAGUUCUUUCCGAAGGUCGCUUAUGCGUUGGCUACCCAUCUGGUUUUUCUAUUUACAGCAUUCUAGGGGAUCAUCAUCCUGUCUCUUUGGUCCACGCUGAGAAUACGCUCUUAGGUUUUCUCACCUACAGUGCCGUGGAUGCCUUACGUUGCAUCGAGCUGGCACGCGGUGAAUUCUUGUUAGUCUUCCAUACAUUAGCGGUAUAUGUCGACAGUCAAGGAAGAAAGAGCCGAGAUCGAGAGAUAAUGUAUCCUGCAGUUCCUACAGCAGUUAGUUGUUGCGAAGGAUAUCUAUUAGUGUAUAGUGAGACUCAUAUCGAUGUAUUUGACUGUACAUCUGGGGACUGGUUGCAAACGCUUAAUGUGAAACGUGCCCGACCGUUAAAUAUCUCGGGCUCUCUUACGUCUUGUGUAAUCAAUGACAUGCCAUAUGUCAUUUAUCUUAGCAAUUUACAUCAACGGGAACUAUUAAAUUUGACUCCAUUAGACGCGAGCGGUAGACAAAUGACAAGGCCACGACGAAGAUUCUCACUAAGAGAAGGCAAUAGAGCCGUUCGUCCUACGGAUAGACGUUCAAAAAUGAUUUCCGCGCCGACAAAUUUCAAUCAUAUCAGUCACAUGGGUCCAGGCAAUGGGAUACAGAUACAGCGUUUAUUAGAUUUACCCACGACAUUAGAAACUGCUGAUCAACAACAUACGAGUCAUCACAGUAGUUCCCAUCUUCACAGUAGCCAGCAAAGACUAUAUGAUUCUACGCUUCAAACACCGAACAAACCAGCACCACUGCCUCCUAGGCAUCCCCCUUCCGAAACACGUCGCCUAAGCUCUCAUAUGUCAAGAAAUUCUGGAUAUUCGCCGCACAAUGGUUCGACUGCAUCACGAAGAGGCCCUGCACCACCACGACCUACUGCCACACCACCUUCUUUACCGCGCACUCCAGUCGAUCAAAUUGAUUCCGAAUCAAUACAUUUGCGUUCACAUACUCCACUCUCUCUUGGCAGUAUUGCAUCUUUACAUAACAAGGAACAUCCAUCUGGUGGUAGCCCUAGACACUCGAUAGCUUCGAACAAUAGUUCAAACCCAUCGACACCACCGAGCCCCGCUCACGAUCAUGGAUCAUCAUCGUAUGAUUCGUAAACUUGUUUAUCGAAGACCUAAAUAUACGGUAUGUACCUAGCGCAUACUUGCAAAACGAUCAACUAGACACACACAUCAUAUCUGUGCGUGCAUAAGAAUCCCUAUAAUAUAUGUAUAUAUGUUAAGCUCAUAUUUUUAUACAUUUUUACUACAUAUUUUUUCAUUCUUUGUCUGUUCUUCCAAUACACAAUUUUUAUGUCGCAACGCAUCACGUUGACUAAUAAGUAUUUUAUUUUAAAAACUAGAUUAUUCGGGAUUUAAUAUUAAAUUUGAGCCUAACAUAUAUAAUGAUAUAUUCAUAAUGUACUUGCGGAAACACACAAUACACUCAUACUUUGAAUUGGAAGGUUAUCUCGCGGUAUUGUCUUACCGUCGUGCAAUAUAACUACGCAUACUUAAUGUUAUACGGUAUAUGAGUCAAACAAGUAUCAUAAUUAUGUGCUUUAACGAGUUAUAUACAUUGGUGCGCCAUGCGAUUGUUCAUAUAUAAAUAAAUAUACAUGUACAUGUGUGUGUGUGUGUGUGUGCGUGCGCGCGCGCGCGCGCGUGUG